ACUAGCAGCAGAUAUUUGGUUUCAAGCCACUGAUAGAUCAGUUUCUAGAUCAGUUGCGUCAUGUGCGUUUCCAUGGAGACCAAAGUCAGCUUCGCGUCUUAUUACUCGGCAUUCCUGAAGCAAGGUUGUUUAAAACAGUGUUUACAUUUUUUGACUCAAAAUGAAGCGGCUCUAUUCUGAGACGAUGUCCAAUAAAAACAAGGAGUUUUCAUGGAUAAGAAACGGCCCUGCUUUUCAUCACAUGCUCCGGGCGUCUGGGCAGUCUGAGGUCUGGUAUGAUUUCACUGAUGAGGCGAAAUUCCAGCAGUACGGCUGGCGAUGCUCCACGAAUGAAGACUCUUACUCAAAUGCCACCCUCAUUGGUAACUGGUCAGAAGAGAGGUUCGACACUCGCCGUACUGUGGCGUUACGACGCCCCCUUCCGCACCAGUUCUCUCACUAUUUUGAAACCACAUAUUAUUCCAGCUAUAAGAAAGAUGAUGUUCAGACGAUUUACACAACACCAAAGAGAGAGUCAAGAAGCUUCCCUGGCCACCAACCAGAACUGAAUCCUCCGCACACUAAGUGUGUGCCAAACUCCUGCUACAGACUGGACUUCAAAGGCCCUCAGUGUAGAGAAGAAAUAGCACAGGAGACUUCAGAGCCUCAGUGCAGAUAACAGAGACAAACUGAAGCCUUUGGCAGAGGAAUUCUGCUUACAAAAUUAAAUCAGCUUCAAUAUCCA